CAAAGUCUCAACAUCAGAAAGCACAGAAAUUGGAUUUGUGUUUGGAAAGACCAAGUUGGCUCCUCAAUCAGGCCUCACGAUUCCAAGACUCGAGCUAUGUGCCGCAGUGCUCGCAGUUGAAGUAGCAGAGUUGAUAGUAGCAGAAAUGGACAUUUCAUUUGACAACAUUGAGUACUAUACGGACAGCAAAGUUGUGCUAGGAUACAUAUACAACCAGACCCGAAGAUUCUAUGUGUACGUGCAUAACCGAGUCCAACGCAUACUCCAGUCGACACGCCCUCACCAAUGGAAGUACGUUCCAUCUGGGCUCAACCCAGCAGACUAUGGGUCUCGUUCUGUGACAGCAGCCCAACUGAGCAACACAACAUGGUUGGAAGGACCGGCCUUCCUCCUCAAGCCUUCACUACAGGUACCUCCUUUUGAAAAUUACGACCUUGUUGAUCCUGCUGCUGACAUAGAGGUACGCCCCUUGGUGACAACAAACCUGACUCGCGUCACAAAACCAGCAAUCGCUCCAACAUGUUUUGAAAGGUUCUCAAACUACAGCGCUCUCAUCAGAGCAAUAGCCCAGUUGAUUCAUGUCGUUCGCUCAUUCAAUCACUCCAACCAAGCAUCCAGCUGCCACGGCUGGCACCUUUGUCGACCUACAGAAGAAGAAAUGGCAAAGGCAAAGAUUUGUGUCAUAAAGAAUGUUCAAAGUGAGUACUACAAAGAAGAGCUAAAAUGCAUAUCAGAAGGGACAAAGAUUCCCCUCUCAAGCAGUCUUUGGAAGCUGCAACCCAUAUUGGACAAUGAUGGACUCUUAAGAGUUGGGGGCACAUGCUGAACUGGGUAUCGACACCACUCACCCUCUCAUCAUUCCAGCCAGACACCACUUGGGUACCCUCCUGAUACGCCAUUACCAUGGAUCUGUGAAACAUCAGGGGAGGCAUUUCACAGAAGGCGCGAUAAGAGCUGCAGGAUUCUGGCUGGUGGGAGCCAAACGAAGCAUUAGCACUGCUCUUUUCAAGUGUGUCACAUGCAGGAAGUUACGAGGAAAAGCUGAAUGUCAACAGAUGGGAAACUUGCCUCCUGAACGGAUGAAGGUCGCACCCCCAUUCACGUACGUGGGUGUGGAUGUGUUUGGGCCGUGGGACGUUUUCACCCGUCGCACAAGAGGAGGUCAAGCCAAUUCCAAAAGGUGGGCCGUCAUGUUUUCCUGCAUGUCUACGAGAGCAGUACAUAUCGAGUUAAUCGAAACAAUGAGCACUGACAGUUUCAUAAACGCUCUGAGGCGGUUUUUUGCAAUCAGAGGCCCGGCAAAACAAAUCAGGUCUGAUUGCGGCACAAAUUUCAUCGGCGCCUCUCACGAACUGAAAAUGGUUGAGACGGAUCUCUCCAUCGAAGAUGUCGAAGGCUACUUGAACAAACAAAACUGCUCAUGGAUCUUCAAUCCUCCGCACGCAUCACAUAUGGGUGGUGCUUGGGAGCGAAUGAUCGGGAUUGCCAGGCGCAUCCUCAACUCCAUGUUCCAAGAUUGUAAAAGGGCAAUCUUGACCCACGAACUGUUGUCUACGUUUAUGGCUGAAGUCUGUGCCAUCAUGAAUACUCGUCCUCUUGUUCCUGUGUCUACCGAUCCUGAGUCACCUCUUAUCCUCACGCCGUCGAUGCUGCUCACCAUGAAAACAGGAUGUGCGCCACCACCUCCUGGAAACUUUGAAAAUGGGAUACUUCUGAAAGAACAAUGGAAAAGGGUUCAAAGUCUCGCUGAUAUCUUUUGGUCGAAAUGGAGACGUGAGUAUCUUCAUACUCUGCAGUUGCGCCACAAAUGGCAGGAUAAGAAACAAAGCCUGAAGGAAGGAGACAUCGUUCUGCUCAAGGACUCUCAGGCCAAAAGGAACGAGUGGCCCAUGUCUAUUAUCUCCAAGACCAUCCCAGGGAAGGACGGACUUGUCAGGAAAGUUGAAGUAACUACUUCUCAUGCGGGAACUAAGAAGACUUUUUCGCGCCCUGUGACCGAAGUGGUUCUGCUUUUAUCCUCCGAGCAAUUGUGACUGUUAAUUUGAAUGUGGGAUAGUAUUCUCCCAGGCGGGGAGUGUUAUGUUUAUUGUGUAUAAUAUUGCUAGUGUUAUUAUUAGUUGAAAUACGCCACCUUGUGGUCACUUUAAGUUAUUGUUUGAAUUAAUAGUAGAAGGAGAAUAUGGACAGGAAGUGCUACAUUGUUGCCCUUGGUUACCAGAAUCGAACGGCCGCUCCACACUCCUCCUGGUUCUUUCUUGGUGUUUGUUAAAGCAUUGUCUUUUCACAAAUUGAACUACCACUGAAGUAAACUUCAUUAACCAGUCA